AUGGUUAAACCUAACCUCCCGCGCGACGAAAUCCAGCGCGAAGAUGUGAUCUCAGUUUUCGAAGCCUGCACCCCCAGCCGACCCCCGCUAAUUAACAUCCAAGAUCUAAAGCUUGUCAUGCGCGGACUCGGCUUCGACCCGCGCCAAGAGGAAAUUCAGCGCUUGCUAGCGAAGCUGCGCGAGAUCCAGCAAGCAGCCCCUGAAAAUGACCAUGCUUCAAAAGGCGUUGUUGGUGUUGAUGAAUUUAUGAAAUUACUUGAAGAGCGAUUUGAUAACAAUAAGAAUGUCUCAGAAAUGCAAUGUGCCUUUAAACUCUUCGAUCGUGGACAAAAGGGUUUUAUCGACUUGGCAGAUUUGAAAGCGGCAGCAACUUCCCUACACGAACACGUCACCGAUGAAGAACUUGAAGAAAUGCUGAAAGAAGCCCAAGGAGAAGCCGGAAUUCAAGGCCAGAUCGAUGAAAAGACCUUCUUCGAAAUCAUGAAAAAGACUUGCCUCUAU